GCCUGACUCAACCUACUACAGUCUAACAACAGUGGCCAAUAGAAAGAACAGAAGAGAAUCCAAGAAAGAUGAGGCAAACUAUGAAUGUAAAAUUCUAUUCCUGCCUUUUGGUAAUCUUUCUGACCAAUACUGUGUGGACUCGAAAUAUCAGAUCAUAUUAUGAUCAGAUUGAUUGGUCAUUCUACAGCUUUGAGUGUCCCCAGGAAUGUUUCUGUCCACGUAGCUUCCCAAAUGCUUUAUACUGUGAUAGCAAGGAACUUAAAGAAAUACCCAUCAUCCCAGCAAGAAUUUGGUAUCUUUAUCUCCAAAACAAUCUCAUUGAAACCAUCACAGAGCAAUCCUUUGCAAAUGCCACUCAACUAAAAUGGAUAAAUUUGAACAACAACAAAAUCACUAACAACGGAAUUGAAAAGGGUGUAUUUGCCAGGCUGAAGAGUCUUCUUUAUUUGUUUCUUGAAGACAACGAGUUAGAGGAGGUGCCUGCUCCACUGCCAGCAAGUUUGGAGCAACUGCGUUUGGCACGAAACAAAAUCACCAGAAUCCCAGGAGAAGUUUUCAGCAAUUUGGAAAAUCUCACUGUGCUUGAUCUCCAUCAUAACAAACUUCUGGACAGUACUCUUUCAGAUGUCACCUUUCAAGGAUUAAACAACCUCAUACAACUCAACAUUGCUCAAAACUCACUCACUAAAAUGCCACCAAUCUUGCCCACGAACGUAAUGCAGCUGUUUUUGGACAAUAACUCUAUUGAAGCAAUACCGGAUAACUACUUUAAUGCAAUGCUCAAACUGCUUUUCCUUCGGCUGAAUAACAAUAAAUUAACUGAUGAAGGUCUACCAGCUAAAAUUUUUAAUAUUUCAUCUCUUCUCGACCUACAGCUAUCUCACAAUGAACUCACUAAAAUCCCAGCUAUCACUACUCACCUUGAGCAUCUUCAUCUUGAUAACAACAGAAUCAGCAGUAUUAAUGGCACUCAAAUAUGUCCGAUUCCUAUUCCUGCAGAGCAUGUCUAUCAAAGGGAUCUGCCACGCCUCCGCUAUCUUCGUUUGGAUGGCAAUGAAAUUAAACCUCCAAUUCCAUUUGACCUCAUGCUAUGCUUCCGUAGCCUUCAGGCUGUUGUUAUUUAAAGACUGUGGUCUCACAGUUAUUUUGUCACAGAUUUAAGAGCAAGUUUUGCUGGCAUGAAACUUGUUAGACCAAUCCUUUGGAUUUUUAUUUGGUAUUCAUUUCCAUGGAAUUGUUUCCCUGAAACUCCCCUCCCCCCUUUAUAGUUGUACCACUUCCUGUUCUUUCUUGAAAAGAUUUACCACAUUCAGUCAAUAUGCUCCAUGUUUUGUCCUAUAAUUGUCAUUCUAUUAAAAUGAUACUUUUGCCACCCAAAUGUAUUUCCUGAUUAUUGGUUCCCCCUAGAACCAGUCAAAUCAAAGUUUCCCAUUGUUGUAUUCGUUAUAGAACUUGACUUGUAUAUUCAGGAAUAAUACAUUCAAAUAUAUGAUAAGCAAAAGUAGAAUAUAUAAAUGUUUGUUUGGCUUUGUCCUUCCUUUAUGAAAAAAUAAAACAUUGCUAUAUUGGUC